GUUAAUUUUUAAAGGCUCCCCAGGCGCCACCUCUCUCUCUUUAAGCUCUCAUCUCCUUCUUCUCUGUCACCGAAAAUACAAAAUCUUCAUUUUCAUGGCCGUUGAAGCUCGCCAUAUCGAUCUCUUCCCUUCCCAGCUCAUCUCCCACAGGGAUUUCAUCAAGUCUAAUGAUCAUGUAAACAACAAUUUUUGCAAUACCCAGAUGGAUUUUUACCUUCCUUUUGCUGAAUCAAUGCCCUUUCCUGAUCGAAACUAUCAUUUUCCUAGAAAAAGACUGAGAGAGGAAUAUAGCAAUAAUUGCAAUUCCAUCUAUGAUCUUGAAGGUUGUCGUUCUCAGAAACCAAAGCUUUCUUCUUUCUCAUCGUUUCUCGACGAAGAUAUGGUCUUUCAGUUUCAGCAACAGCAAGAAGAAAUCGAGCGCUACAUUGCGCAUCAUGUGGAGAAAGUGAGAUUGGAGCUUGAAGAACGAAGAAAGUGGCAAUCGAGAACGAUAUUAUCCGCCAUUCAAGAAGCUGUUUUGAAGAAAUUGAGAGAAAAAGAUGAAGAGAUUCAAAGAUUGGGGAAGCUCAACUGGGUUCUUCAAGAACAAAUGAAAUCCCUCUCCGUCGAGAACCAAAUAUUGAGGGAUUUGGCGCAAAGCAAUGAGGCGACGGCGAACGCUCUCCGUUCAAAUCUCGAGCAAGUACUACACCUGCAGGCAGCUCACAUUUCCACAGAGGAACACCACCGCCACGCUGCCGUAGCCACCGAGGAUGACGCUGAGUCAAGCCACGGAAGCAGCGAUUCCGCAGCGGUGGGGUCCACAAACGGGAGGUGGAUGAUGACGACAAUCAUGUGCAGGAGGUGUGGGGAGAAGGAGUCGAGUGUAUUGGUUUUACCAUGCAGGCAUUUGUGCUUGUGUUCGGCUUGCGGGUCAAGCCUUCACGGGUCCUGCCCCGUUUGUCACUCCAUUAUGGAUGCUAGUCUCCAUGUUAACAUGUCUCCGUAAAA